GAACUAGAACCCCUUAAAUUACCAUCUACUGCCGAACCUCAUGAAUCUUCAACUGUAUCCACUCAAACCUUGUCCUCUGUCGAACCCCCUCAGUCACCACUAACACUAUCCACUCAAACAUGGUCUCCACCUCAGUUACAACUAACUGGAUCUGGACCACUUCAAAUAGCAUCUUCUGCAGAACCCCCUGAUGUAGCCGCCGAGCAAUCUCUCGGUCACAUGACACCCACAGAGUCCUCGAGCAGUCUCUCCGUCAAGUCUUGGUCCACCGCUGAACUCACUCAUUUGCAAAUAACUGUAUCUGGACUAUCAUCUACUGCUGAAUCCCCUAAAUCUACAUCUGGACCUCAAAUAUUGCAACAAGUUACUACUGAUGAAGCUGCACUGACUGUGCCAGGUUUAUUAGCAGCACUUCUGGUGAGCAAAAAGCUUACGGAUGAAGACAGUGAUGAUGUCACGGAUGGGGAAGUUUCACCUGAUGAACAUCCUGGGGGAUGUGGGGGGGCUCCUUCUUCCGCUGAUGAUGAAAAAGAAACCUACCAUUUUGUUAAAGAGCCGUCACGUGAUUACUUCUGCCCAAUACUAUAUGAACUGCUUCUCGAACCUCACCUGACACAAUGUUGUGGUCAACAUUUCUCUGAAAGAGCCGUUGAGCAACUGAAAAGGCGCAUUAGGCCUUGCCCAAUGUGUGCCAUGCCAUUGGUCACAAUAAAGGACAUUCACUUCCGUCGUAAAGUGCGAGAGCUCCCAGUGUUUUGUCCAAAUAAGAACAAGGGGUGUAAAUGGGUCGCAGAGGUCUCUGCUGUUAAGGAGCAUAUGGAAGUGUGUCCCUGGAAGUUUUCAAGUUUGAGGCCAGAUGGUGAGGAAAGUGGAGAUAUUUGUGUUCCUGACAAUAGUAUAGUUGUCCACACUGGAACAGUUUUUGGUACAGGACUGCAUGGAAAUGUAAUUGAGGUAGCAUACAGAGGAAGCACUAUCCGUGCUGCAAAAAAGUACUAUUGUGCAGACAGAGCUGCCUUAUUAAAAGAUUUUGGCCAAGAGAAGUUACUCUGCAGCAUUCGACAUGCAAAUCUUGUUGCAUACUGUGGAGUAGGGUCACUAGCUAGUGAUCAAUCCCCCGUUGUUUUAAUGGAAAAAAUGGCCAUGAACUUAACUACGUUUUUG